UUCCCAACCCCACCUUUUUUUGAAGAUUCCUGAGAUGCGGGCGAUCUGAGAUUGGAGCCCUCGAACUCCAUGGACCACUCACCCUCUGGCAGCGGCUGUACGGGCACGGAGGACUCCAGCUCUGUACCAAACCUGAGCCCCUCCGUGAGCUAUUUCCCCCGCAAGGACACCUCCUCUGAGCACACACUUCCCUGUGAAGGGGCGUCUCCUGCGGGUCCUUCAGUCCUCUCUGCCCCUCCUAUCCAAGGAAGACAGCACACUGAAAGGUUAGGGAGACUCCUGGGCAGACGAGACCAAAUUCAGGAUGACCCAGAGCAGCUUUGCAAAUGGAGCAUCCCCCUGGCCUGGGAUGCGGACGUGGACUCCUGCAGUUCAGACUGGAGAGCUAACUGGGACCUCAGCGGGGACAAGCAGUGGGCAGACAAGAACCCUGAAGAGAAGACACAACCGACUCUCAGCAAACUGGAUGGUCUUGUGCAAAAGCCUGAGGAACUUCUAGAAAACCAAAAAGAUGAUGAUGACGAUGACUCUGUGUUCCCUGAACCUGCUCCGGAGGAAGAUUUCCGGUUGGCUGCCACCUCCCCGCUAGAUACAGCUCAGGUCAGUCACCACAAACAUGAUUCUCGUCAAGACCUGCCCAAGUUCAACCCGGCAAACAGUGAAGAUGUCCUCUGGUUUUCACAGAUCCGAAGGCUUCAGGAGCAUGAACUUGCUGAGGUGAGCGGGCACCAAGGUGCCUGUCUUGGCAGAUGGAAAGCCAGGCACCUGGUCACCAAGGACAAGCACUAUAGGGAUGCCCUCAGCCUCCACAGGUCCGCCGGAGGAACACACAGCCUCAACUGUCUGAACUUCAGGUGGGUCUUCCGCCAGCUGAGGCAGCAAGUGCUCUCCUCGCUUUUGGGGAGAGGGCACCCUGAGAUGACCACUGAGAGCACCCAUCAGCGGCAUAAAGGAAAGGACUCCCAAAGAAGAGAAUCUGACCUCAAGACUCCCUUCAAGUAGAACACUCUAUACUGCCAGAUUUUUUAAGCUUUUUGAUAGUCCCUGUCCUGCAGUCCCCAUGAGUUAAUUUAUUUUCCCCAAUAAACAAAAUACAAAUUCUUGUUCUCUAUGUUUUCCUCUUGCAGCUCAUCAUCUCAGGCUGAAAGCAUGUAUUUUGUCUAAAAGACUGACAUAUAUUUGCUGGGAAUUUUAACUAGUAUUAUCCUUCCUAACUUGAAGGCAUUCUUUUUCUCUCCUCACCUUCUUAAUAGAGUUUAUUCUAUUUUACUUUAUAUAGAUAUUUAACCUAUUUUACCAUUAACCAAAUCCCCAUUUUCGGAAGGCGGCGGGCUGACCCAUCAGGUUCCCAACAUGGCUGUGCGGUUUUGGAUGGACUUCUGGCGCUCGAGCAAUGGCAGAAGAUCCUGAGUCACUCAGGGAGCUGAUUUCAAUCGGCAUUGUUUCAAGGGUUCAGACAACAGGUCUGAUGUUCCCAGUGGACCUGACAGGUUCUAGCACAGGUUACCUUGGCUUAAAGAAGUGGCCCACUUAGGAGGAACAUGAGGAUCAGAAAUGCUGCUUAACCACGCUUGGCUACCUUCCCACAUACCUAAGAUGCAGACAGUAAUAAUACAUAGGGUUGCUGUGUGAAUUCAUGAGGCAGUACAAGUACGUGGUAAACAUUAUUGUUGUUGGUGCGGUUACUCAUCCUCCUAAGGAUCUCCCCAGAAGCCCUGAUCCAAGGGGCAUCCAAUAGUAAGAGUUUAAGAGUCAGUUCUCAUUGAAAUAUUUCCCACUCAGAAGCAAUAUUUACCGAAAGUUUUAGCAGAUCUUGACUCAACCAAGUUCUCUUCCCAGCCCCUUCCUCACUGUACCCUCUGAAAUUCCUUUGACUUGUCAUGAAACUUUCCUCUAAAUGUUACCUUCUUGAGGAAGGCAGUACUCACCCCUAGGCCCUGACCUCCCCCUUACUGGUACCAACACACCUCCCCAGGGUCACGACCCAAUUUCCUUCUUCCUCACCCACAGGCUCUGCUACCAUCCGACGUGACGCCCAGAGUUCAUGUGGUGAAGCAGGAUUCUUCCAUCUCAGAUUCCUCUUUUCCUCAAUUCCAGUGCCCUUACCCCCUUCCUUCCUGUCUCCCUUCCUUCCUUCCACAAAUAUUUAGCACAUAGGAUUGCCAGAUACUUUCUAGCUUACCAAAAUAAAAUAAAACCCCUAAACCAAAAAUAAACUCAAUCUUUUGGCUCAAGUGGCCUAUUAUUUAAGAGAUAAGCCUUGUAAACAUAUGACGACAAAGGGUUAGGGGUGAUAAUAGUCUCACCAGGCACACAUUCAGUACUUUAAAAAAAUCAACAUGAGAAGGAAGGUUUUAGAAGGUUUCACAUAUGAGGUUGUUGGAGUUACAAAUGUGGUUAGUUUAAGGUGAAAGACUUGGAGCUGCUGGAUAAAUCGGUACGAGUGAAGGUGGGCAAUCUUGGGAUAUUUGCUCAAGGGAAGAGCAAUAUUUGGGAAGAUACUGUCCAAGGAAAGACGGUACAAUGGGAAGAAAGAAAGAAAACAGGGCCUUCUUAGUAACAGACGCUCACGGUCCCACCCUGAGCGUCUUCACAGCCAGACUCCUCACAUCACCCACCGCUCCCAGAACGUCUUCCCACUCGGCUAGGUCACCUGAGCACCCUCGUCCACUCUCACUCACGCUUUGACGUCACUAAGACUGUGAGUCCCGUCACGGUACCUGUCCACGACUUUCAUUCAGUUCCAUCUGGAUCCCACCUAUGCCCCCACUUGCCAAACGGUGGCAUCUCUAACCACACCUGGCAGCAUUCACAAAGCCUUGCCUUUUCCUCUCCCAGAUCUCUUUCAAUCUCUGCUGCCCACAUCCCCCAGUAGGACACUCAUGCCUCUCAUAAGGGCCAACUCACACAACAGGGAUUACCUUUGCCAUUCCCUGGAAAAUUCUCCCCAUUACCUUCUCAACAUCCCCCACUGCCUGGGGAACUCAUCCUUAAAGACUGUGCUCCAGGCUCACUGUAAGGCCAAGCCCGAUCCUUCAGGUGACGCUCACCAGGCCCUUCCUUAAGCUUGCCCCAGUCCCUGCCCAGCCCCCUCACACUAUUACUUGUACUUUUCUGCUCUCUUUACAUGACUAUUUUACCUAGAGUCUCUGACCUCUGGAGGUAAAGCACCAGGUCUCAGUUCCUUUUUACUACAAGAUCCUAACACAGUGUCUGGUUCAGAGUGGUCUGUCUCUACAUAAUUUUUUGAAUGAUUUGAAUAUAUCCUAUUUCUCCAGACUUUCUCCUAUAUAAUAAAAAAGAGUGAAAUACAACAGCUUGGAGUUGCUAUUCUUCAAGUCAGAAGUUACUGGCCAGCUGGAAUAAGAGCAGGAAUGGGGUGGGGUGGGGCGGGGCGGGGAGGGAAAAGACAGGACAAGAAAAUAGCAACCCUGAAAGGUCAAGUGAGGCAGUGACCUACAGACUGAGAAGUCUAAGCCCUGAGGAAUCUGCCAACUAAUUCGAAAAUUUAAUUCAGCAAAUACGCAUGGAGGCUUAAUGUGCUGUAGACUAGGUGCUAUGAUACACCUAAAAGAAAGACCACCUCUCCUGCCAUUCAUGGCACAUGUAACCAUAGUUUUGUUGUAUUUCAAUUCUUUCUCUAGUAAUUAAGUCAAACCCAGAGAAAAUGAUUUCAAAAGACUGCCCACAGUGACUAUGAAGCCCUGUUCAUUAGUAAGAUUUCUGACAUAUUUGUGUCUGUUUUUCAGUUAUAUAAACCUGCUUGACAGGUAUGGGUAAAAUAGCAGUAUUUCCAGAAUCUCUCACCUGGCCUUAGUGCAUCUCCAUAUUGAUAGGUGUUUCCAAGGGGUGGAGGGUAGCCACCUCCAUAUCAGUAGGUAAUUACGAGGGCACACAAGGAGGUUGAGUGGGGUCUCUUCUUCUGCAGCCAGGUCGUGAGAGACACGGGAGAGCAGAAGUGGAGACUGCUUGUAAGAAAUAAAUGGGUUUCUCCUAUUUAUUUCUCCCUUCGACUGAUUUCAGUUUCAAAGUAUUUUGCCCCGGCAUUUUCCCCCCAGAGUUACAACAGGCAACUAACUACCUGUAAGAUCUGAGCAAUGUUCUUUACACUUUACAACAAACAUUCUUUAAAUAGAAUUAGAAUUUGAAAUAUUCCUUGCGGGUUUCAUGCUGCAUCUCAGAAAACAAGUGGCAGUGUUUAAAAUUUGGAAAACUUUUAGUACCUCCUCAUUCAUUAUAGCGUCAAAUAUGUUACGAACCUGUUAGCUGCCAAACUACAACCAGGUCCUCUAUUUUGUGUCACGUACAUGGGCCUGUGGCUGGAGGAGACCCUCUAUACAUCACUGGACUGAGAGCAAACCGAAAAUAGUCACAGAGAGACAACAGGUCUGCUGUGACCUCAGGCCUCUCAUAAAAUUAUCGCACUUGCCAAGCACAUGUUCAUCUAAUUAACUAAUUAAUUUCUGGGAUCCAGGAUCUCAUGACUCAAACUAAAAUCUUUCUUUCAAGUGAAUUGCUCAACCUUGACACCCAUAAAGCUCAGCUGCCUGAAUCAGCAAAGUAUUGCCAUAAAUAUGCAUUAUCUUGAAUCUGUAACACCAUCAUAAUAUAAGCCAGAAUACAGUGUGAAAAAUGUAUCAAGCAAAUGGAGGGAGUAUUCAGCUCUCUCCGAACACAGAAUUCGGACAGGCUAACAUAAACUUUACAGACCACCUGAUGCCAAGUCAAUUUCUUACUCAGCAGGAUCCCAAUGACGAAGAAAGUACAUGAUGCCACCACACUAGUGAAACUGAGGCAAAAUCAUCUUCCCCAUACUUAAAGAAUGUGAAAAUUCAUGACUCAAGGUCCAGGUCUAACUGGGCGUAAAAAACAGUGUCCUCUCAAAACAACGAAAAGGAAAAUGAAACCAACCAUAAAUAAAUUCAUAGAGACUUCCUGGUAAGGUCCUUAUCCCAAUAUUUAAAAGCGAUUUUGUUUAGGUAGGAGGAAUAGUUCAUUGCCUCACGAAGUUUUUGCAUUAUGGGGCGCAAGCGGAAGAGCUUAUACUGCAUGCGGGCACUCUCUCAUUUCAAGAUGGACGGGUGGGUUUCAUGUUGCCUUGCCUGGAGUCAGUCUUCUCCUGCUCCCUCCACAGAUCCAAACAAAGAGAACAACAUCGCUUUCACUAGUGAAAUAAGAUCCUCAUCAGAUAACACGAAGUCACUGAGUGACGGUCAUGAGUCAGGUGGGUACAAAAGCCUUAAAAUAAAUUCCCUAAGGGAUUAUAAGCCAGAGAUCAAGAAAUCCCCUACUGAACAAUUUCUGUUUAUCUUCCCACCUUUCAACGGAAUUCCAUGGUUCUGAUGACCAUUUGAUUUCAAUCUGAUAUGCUUUAUAAAGAACUACUUCUGAGGCAUUUUCAAGUGGGAGAGCAAACAUCAAAUAUCUUUUCAGAUUGUGGCUGUUGAAUGAAAAGUCAUCCCGUUAUUACUGGAUUCUUCAUGUAGGAGAAAAUCAGGGCCAUUAACUUUGUUUUUCCUUAUUUACAUCAAUAAAGAUUUAUUAUUUUAAAUGCAAAUCCCCACCACUAGAGAUCUCCCCCUCCCUCACAGAACUUUCCUGUAUACUCACAAAGCAAAUGAAAACAAGUUGGACAUUUUAAUCAUGAAUAUAUGUCAGAAGAGGUGUUUUUGACUCUCACUUCUUAAAAAAAUUUUUUAUUGAAAUAUAGUUUAUAUACAAUAUUGGUUUCAGAUGAACGACUUAGUGAUUCAACGAUUAUAUACAUUACUUAAAUCAACACCACAAUAAGUGUACUUACCACCUGUCACCAAAGAUAAUACAAUAUUAUGAUCUACAUUCCCUAUGCUGUACUUGUAUCCCUGUGGCAAAAUAAUUUUAUAAUUUGAAGUUUGUACCUCUUUAUUCCCUUUACCUAUUUCACCCAUUCCCCCAACCCCAUGGUACUGAAUGGUCUAAUCUCUGUGUUUACAAGUCUAUUUGUCUUGUUUGUUUGUUUGUUUUGUUUUUCAGAUUCCACAUAUAAGGGAAACCAUGUCAUGUUCAUCUUUCCUGACUGACAGAUUUCACUUAGCUGAGUGUCACUCUCAUCAACUCCACUGCCAUCCACCUUUGGGGCCUAGAUUUUCCCCAAACAGGGAUGCGGAUGAAAAGGAGUAUUUUUCUCCAGUAAAGUGACUGAAAAUUCAGUUAGAGCCCUCCAGCAACCACCAACAUAACAAUGGAUUCAUAUAAGGAUCAAAAAUGAAUGCUAAAACCACUGGAUAAAUGACUGUUGAAGAACAAGAUAUGCACAUGGUAUCUAAGAAUUACCCCCCAGACCCCGUAAUAACUAUCAAGAUUAGGCACCUUUACAAUGGAGAGAUCCAACAAACACCAGCUUAGCCAAGUGAUUAAAUUCAGCCUAACCAACAUCAUGCACCUUCUGAAGACAAGCAGUGUAUUCUUGCCAGCAAACGUUUAUUUAACCUGAAUCUAGUGUGGAAGCCAACAGUCAGAUGAUCCCAGAUUGUAGAACUUUCUUUCAGACAACUGUCUUUGACUUUU